AGAAGGAGCUGGAGGAGCUGAACAACCGGCUGAGCCAGCAAGGAGGGGUGGAGGUGAAGGAGUGCUCCAGCUUGGAGUGCAAGGAGGAGGAGUCCAACCAGUCCGCUAGCAUGCCACUGGACAAGGUCAAGGAGGAGCCGAGCAGCAACAUCAAGAAAGAGCCUCAGGAUGAGGAGCCAGAGGCUGAAGAUCCGGCCAACGCAGAAGCAGACAAAGACAAACAGCUGACCUCACCAACAAUAAAGAAGGAGAAAGAGGGAGCAGCAGGAACUCCUGGAGCUGCUGCCGGGACUCCUGGAGGCAAACGGGAGAUAAAGAAGGAGCAACAUAGGGAGCAGCACCGGGCUAAGGUCCCUGAUUCAGAGAUGGUUCGAGAUCUCAAGGCUCAGCUCAAGAAGGCAUUGAACGACCAGAAGGAGAUGAAACUCCUGUUGGACAUGUACAAGGGUGCCAGUAAGGAGCAGAGAGACAAAGUACAGUUGAUGGCCUCUGAGAAGAAAAUAAGAGCAGAACUUGAAGACACAAGGCAGCAGCUCAAGAAAUUGCAGGUAAAAAAGGAUUUAUAUUAGGGUUGUUGUAAAUUAUAUUUUAGAUUCGGAUAAAAAUAUAUUUUAAGAACGCAUUAACAAUUUGGUUAUACGGAGCAGGGGAUUGUGUUUGAAAACUGAAAAAAGAUCAAAGAGCAAACUAUUGAAAUAGAGAAGAAGGAUACGA